AUGCGCCGGUGCUUCCUGCGGGACGCCGCGGUGGACAGGCGGCGGCUGAAGGGAGACGACGCCGUGCGCGCCGCAAUCAUAAACGGCGUGCGAGCCCCCAAGGGCCGGUAUCCCUGGAUGGUCUCUCUGCGAUACAACGAUGAAUUUGGAGAGCACUUUUGCGGCGCCUCCCUGAUCAGUCCCAACUUUGUGCUCACGGCUGCGCACUGCCUGCUUGAAGAGGACGGCUCGGAUGCUUCUUCUGAUCGAUUCUUCCCCGAGGUCCGGAUCGGCGGGUGGGAGAUGUACGGGGGGCAGUACGAGUCGCGGUACGCCUGGUACGUCUACACACACGAAGCAUUCGACCCCGACACAAACAACAACGACAUCGCCGUCAUCAUGCUGGACCGUCCAUCCAAGAAAAAGCCCAUCAAAAUGGUGCCCACCAAGCCCAACCCGCCAGUCAAGCCUGGCUCUCUGCUGUAUGCCAUCGGCUGGGGCCAGACCAGCAACAACGAGGAUGCGGCGGGACCCAGCCACCUGCAACAAGUGAGCCUGGACCUUCUGUCCCAGAACGCAUGCGCGGAUACCUUUGGUGAAUACCGAGACGAUUGGAAGCGCACCAGCCUGAUGUGCGCCGGCUCCAGCUGGCGCAAGAAAGACACCUGUUCAGGCGACUCGGGCGGGCCGCUGUUUGUGAAGGGCCGGAACGCCACGAUGGACCGCCUUGUGGGCCUGACAUCCUAUGGCGUCGGCGACUGCGCUGAAAACCCGGGCGUGUCGGCGGCGGGAGCCCCCUUGGUGGCGGCUGGGCGCAAGUGGAUCACGCUGCUGGGGCGCAAUGGCUGUACCUUGCGCGGGCAGCUCAGCGGCAACCUGUGCACCGAGCGCUCCAGGGCACUCACGCUGCUGUCUGCCGGGCUGGGCGUGCGGUCGACGUGGAGGCUGGCGCUGGCUUCCGGCCUGGCUGGGCCUGGCGGGGAGCUGGUGGGCAAGCCCGUCACCCUGCAGCUCACUGGCCGCGCCACCGGCUGCCCGGCGGAGAGCUACCUGAGCGGUGCGGCUGCCUGCGACAACACUUCUGCCUACACCUCGCUGCGGCAGUCCUGGGUGCUGGAGUCGGCGGGUGGCGACACCAGCUUCUACCUGCGCUCCAGCGCGAGAGGCGCAUGCGGCGCAAAGUACCUGGGAGCGCUGGUGGCGUGCGGCGCAGCGGGGGACGACCCCCGCCUGGGCCUCUACCCCAAGGCCAGCCCACCAGACUCCUCGGUCCAGCUGGCCCAGGCCGCCCAAGCCCCCUUCGCCGCGGCCGCCGCCACCCUCGCCACGGCCACCCAGGCCCCCGCCACCAAACCCGCGGCCCCCACCCCUGUGCCCAAGAGCGAGGUGUGCCAGAACGAAAGCGCCAACCCCCCGUACGGGCCGCUGGAGUGCUGCUGGGGGCUGAAGUGCGUGCUAGAUAUCAAGAGAGUCGCCAAGCGGUGUGCCUCGCCGCCGCUGCCGCCUGCCAUCCUCGACAUCUCUGCCAACCCCCAGGGUCCCCUUGCGUAUACGCUGGUGGUGACCCUGGAGCCCACUGCCGACGCCGGCGGGACAGACAUCGGCAUUUUCCAGUACCUUGCCACCUACGAAAUCCUCGACUCUGACCUCCCGGGCGGCCUGUCACGGGUAUCCGGAAAUGCCAGCCUGCUUCAGCUCACAUUCCCGGACAUCCCUUGCGGCUCCACAGUCAAUGUCACGGCCAUCUCCAUACAGGGCUCCUUCCCUUUCACCAGGUCUGAGUACCCAUCCGUCGCCCUAGCUUCCACCCCCGCCUGGUGA